AUGACUAGUCUCACCUCAAAUCUAACCCUUAUCCCACAACAUGGCACUAAAAAACAUCAACAAAAAAACCAUAGUUCUUCUAUUGUUGAGGAAAUCAAAGGUCUUAUUAAAGUUCACAAAAAUGGAUACAUAGAACGACCCAAUAUUGUUCCAUGUGUCACAGCUGAUUUGAAUCCAAAUUUGAAUGUGAUUUCAAGAGACGUAAUCGUUGACAGUGCUACAAACAUUUGGGCACGUUUCUAUGUUCCAACUUCUCCACAAAAAAAACUACCUUUGUUGGUGUAUUUUCAUGGUGGCGGUUUCUGUGUUGGUUCUGCAGCUUGGAGUUGCUACCAUGAAUUUCUUGCUAUGCUAUCUUCCAAACUUAGUUGCAUAAUUAUGUCAGUUAAUUAUAGAUUAGCACCAGAAAACCCUCUUCCAGCACCUUAUGAUGAUGGCUUAAAUGCACUAAUAUGGUUGAAAAAACAAAUUCAAAAUAAGGCUGAUAGUGAAUUUGAAUGGUGGACUAAAAAAUGCAACUUUUGUAGUGUCUUCUUAGGAGGUGAUAGUGCAGGUGGUAACAUAGCUUAUAAUGUUGCCAAAAGGGUAGAUUCAUGUGAAGAUAAUUUUUUAAGGCCUUUGAAUUUGAAGGGUCUUAUUUUGAUACAACCAUUUUUUGGUGGAAAAGAAAGAACAUUAUCAGAGAAGUGUAUGGUUCAAUUAUCUGGUUCUGCUUUGAAUUUAGCAGCAUCUGAUGCUUAUUGGCGACUGGCGUUACCGUACGGGGAAGGUCGUGAUCAUCCAUGGUGUAAUCCAUUGGUGAAAUUGGAGGAAUUGAAGAUGCCUAUGUUGGUGUGUGUAUCUGAGCUGGAUAUAUUGAAAGAUAGGAACUUGGAGUUUUGUGAUGGUUUGGGAAGAAUAGGUGAAAGAGUUGAAUAUGAGGUGUUUGAAGGAGUUGGACAUGCUUUUCAGAUUCUGAGUAAAUCUGAGGUUUCUAAGAUAAGAGUUGUUCAAAUGAUGGAUCGUGUCAAAUCCUUCAUGUUGGGUCCUUGA